UGCUAGGAUGAUGGAAGGACUGGAACUGGAGGGUGUGAUAUAGGAUAAGUAUAUUAAUUGGUGUUACGAUGCCGUUUGGUAUUUGUAGGUAAAUAUAGUAAAUAUACUGAAAUAUGUUAUUAACUAGUCGUUUUAAAGGUAGUUUGGGUAUGUAGAUCAGGUACUCCCCCGUUUCGAUAGGUCCUAAGACACGGUGAGGAGAGAAUGAGAAUGAGAAUGAGAAUGAGAGGGUUGUGUAGAUGUUAAGAGGUUACGUAUAACUAUACGUAAGACGAGAUUCGAAGAGACGAAACGCGUUGACGACAAUGUAAUGUAUGCUAUCUUUUGAGGGACGAGAGCGAGGAUCGGCUUCGGCCUUUUUUUUCUUCUUAUUCUUUUUUCCUUCUUUUCUUUUCGGAGAAAGAUGUUUCUGUUUCACGGCAUUUAUUUAUUUGGUGAUCGGGGAAGGUUCUAUAAUUGCCCCUCCUCUCUCUCUGCGCUGCUUUUUUAGGUACUGGUAAUUGGAACGUAUUGUCAUAUUUUAAUA